UGCAUAAAUAAUGGCUCAUCACCUACUCAGAGGGCUCAUGUGCUGCCCAUUUCAGCAAGUUCUGUUGCAUGAACUGCCCCCCAAAUAUAUAAUUCACUUUUGAAUUCCACAGUGGUCCUAGAAAUGAAGGGCCAUCCCUUUGCCGGUCUAUAAAUUAAAGAAACUCUCAUCAGUCAUCACUUUGUAGCAGUCAUUGUAGAACAAAGAAGAGCUAGUUCCAAAUAGUAGAAGCCAAUCUCGCUGCGCUGAAGAAUUGACAAGCGUACGUGCGUCGAGAUGGAAAGUUUGAGCAGCACGAGAAAUCAGGCUUCUUUGUCAUCGACUAUAUGGAUUGAUCAUUACGAUAAGCUCAGGUUUGAUGAAGCUCUUCAAAGUUCCAGCUUAGAUCUCCAAGGGACUGAUCUGAUGUGCCAACCAAGCUCCAUCUUCGAAACGAUCGAAGAUGAAUCGAUCGAACCUUCUUUGAGUUUGAUGAGCAGCAUAACACCCCCAGAGUUGAGUACCUUCUUGCAGCAACAAACCUGCUUUCCCAGUCAAAGCUUUGGCGACAGUGAUGAAGGCCUCUCAGCUAUCUUUUCUAGCAGCAGAGUCACUCACAGAUUGUGCGACAGCGUGACGAUCUCUUCGGUGGAAUCCGCAAGCAAUAAUUCUUCUGAACUAUCCAAGUCAGGAAGGCCUGGUGCUAAAAGAAAACUCGAAGAUUAUGAGAAAACAGGAGGGUACCAAAUCAAUUUCAGCAAGAAUGAUCAAGGAGCGAGGAAACUGCAGAGAUCAGACAAGAGCAGUACUCCUACUCUAGUGCCCUGUAGCAUCAACUUCAGUCAGGAAAACUGCUACGAGAUCGACACCGAGGCUAUCGCGCAAGUGAAGGAGAUGAUCUACAGGGCCGCAGCUCUGAGGCCGAUUACCGGUAUUGGAGUGGAGGAACAAGGAGGCGAUCAGAGGCCAAAGAGGAAGAAUGUGAGGAUCUCGAGUGACCCACAGACAGUGGCAGCAAGGCACAGGAGGGAGAGAAUAAGUGAGAGGCUAAGGAUACUGCAAAACAUAGUCCCCGGAGGAAGCAAAAUGGACACGGCCACCAUGUUAGAUGAGGCCGCAAACUAUCUCAAGUUUCUCAAGUCUCAGAUCAAGGCCCUGGAAGCCCUGGGCAACUGAGCAAGCUUUCCCCGUGCAUGCAUGGCUCCUCCUGAUCCUGUAAGCUCUAAACUAAUGAUCUAAAUUUUACUUCUUUUUUUUAUCAUUAAUUGAAUCAAAGAGGGCAGCUAGCGCAGCGAGAAGUGGUUCUCCUUUUAAUUUGAUCGAUCUCUGUCACCUUUUCAA